AUGGAAGAAGCCACUGCGAAGGCUGUGGAAGCUUGUCAGAGAGGAAGUUUGGAAGCGUUAGAAGCUGCCUUGGCUGAAGGUGUCGUUCCGGAUGCAUGUGACGUCGACGGAUGCUCCUUAUUGCACUGGGCUGCAAUAAACAAUCGCAUUCCGAUUGUUCGAAGGCUUCUCGAGCUCGGAGCGAAUCCAAAUAUUGUUGGAGGGCUGCUAGUAUCUUCACCACUGCAUUGGGCUGCUCGUGUCGGGCAUGUUUCAAGCUCUGCAUUGCUGAUAAAGGCUGGUGCUGUUUGCAAUGUUCGUGACACUCAAGGAUAUACACCUAUUCAUUUGGCUGUGCAGAGCAAUCAACCAACCCUUGUGGCUUAUUUGCUCGAGAAAUUCGAUUAUUGCAAGGACAUUACCGACAACAGAAUGACACCAGCCAUGUGGGCAGCGUAUCGUACAUUUGGAAUGUUUCCGAUACGUAUAAUAGUGCGAAGUGGAGCAGAUUUGAAUGCGCAUGAGCACCUUUCUGGUAAUACAGCUCUCCAUAUUGCCACUCAAGAACGGAAUUAUUGCUCUAUCCGUGAGCUACUGUUGGGAGACGCUGAUGUUUCACGACGUAAUAAACAGCAAGAAACACCUCUUGAUAUUGCAAGGAAUAUGCGGAACCAGAAGCUAAUCGAUAUGAUCGAAGAAGCUGCAAGAGCGCAAGGGAUGGUACCUAAUAUGUGGUGUAAUCGCUUGCCGUGGAAAAAAAUCAAGCACUACGGAGGGUUUUUCCUGCCAGGAUCAGUGUUAGGAAUAACGGCUCUCUUAUUUCUCUCAUUACACUACGGUAUCGCUGCCUUUAUUCUACUGACGGCGAUUCUCGUUUCUCAGUGUUUCAUCAGAUUUGACAUCUACUCCACUACGUCAAGUCUAAUUCCUAUUGGAAUCUGUGUCGCCGAACCAAUAUGCAUGAUGAUAACAUGGUACCUCUACCAACAUCUAUUUGUUUCUUGGUGGCUGCAAGUCAUAUUCGUCAUAUCCUUGCUCAUUCUUUUUGGUUCUUUACUAAGGAUAGUUGUUUCGGAUCCCGGUGUGAUUCCUCGAAAUCGCGAGGCACAUACCGAUUUUGUGGAAGCUAUUGAGAACUGUGAUCGUGUGAACUACUGCUUCACAUGCUGGGUGGACAAACCUCAAGGAGCAAAACACUGCAGCAUUUGUGAUCGGUGUGUGAAGGAUUUCGAUCAUCAUUGUCCAUGGCUCCAUCAGUGCAUAUCUAUUCGAAAUUUACGACUGUUUCUUGUUUUCGUUGCUUUCGUUGCCAUCUCAGCCGGAAUCUACUCCUGUGCAUGUGUACUGUUUCUCAUUGAUGAGUUCCGAAGGUUGGAAAUUGGUGAGCAAAGCUCUUUUGUAAUUAGUUUUAUUGUAAUUUAG